AGAAGAAGUGAGCAGCUCCCGUUCCUCGCGCACAUUGACAGGAUCUUAAAGAGGAACAUCUGGACAUCCCCUCUCCCCUUCCCAUUAUGGCCGACUCCAUGGAUAUAGAUGACUCUCUGUACAGUCGGCAGCGGUAUGUGCUGGGGGACAGUGCUAUGCACCAGAUGGCCCAGUCCACAGUGUUUGUCAGUGGAAUGGGAGCACUUGGAGUGGAAAUAGCAAAAAACAUUGUUCUGGCAGGAGUGAAGGCAGUCACUCUUCAUGACAGUAAGCGAUGUGAAGUUUGGGAUCUGGGCACCAACUUCUUCAUCAGAGAAGAGGAUGUGAAUAACCAGAAGAAAAGGGUGGAAGCUGUACAUUCACGAGUGGCAGAGUUAAACCCAUAUGUUCAGGUCACUAUGUCCACUGAUGUCCUGGAUGAAAGCACUGACCUCAGUUUCCUGAAGAGAUACCAGUGUGUAGUGUUAACGGAAACAAAGCUGAGCCUACAGAAACAAAUCAACAAUUUCUGUCACACUCACCAGCCUCCUAUUAAGUUCAUUGGCUGUGAUGUGUUUGGGAUCUGCUCGCGGGUGUUCUGUGAUUUCGGAGAGACGUUUGAGGUGUCCGACCCUACAGGAGAAGAAUCGAAAGAAAUUUUUAUCCAAAACAUCAGCCAGGGGAGUCCUGGUGUUGUGACGUGUAUGGACAGCCGAACACACGGCCUCCAGACGGGACAAAGUGUCUGUUUGAAAGAGAUCAACGGCAUGACUGAACUCAAUGGUACCAUGCACCAGAUUACAGUUCUGUCUCCCUAUAGCUUUGCGAUCGGAGACACUUCAUCAUUCCAGCCAUAUACUCACGGAGGAUUCUUCCGCUUGGUCAAGAUCCCCAAAAGCUUCAGCUUUGAGAAGAUGGAGCAACAGUUAUCUGAUCCUCGGCUCCUUACUCCAGACUUCAGCAAACCAGAGGUCCCUCUACAGCUCCAUGUGAUCAUGCUAGCUUUGGAUGCUUUCCUGGAACAGCAUGCUAGACUGCCCAACAUUGGUUGUUUGCAGGAUUCAGAACUGCUUCUGAAAUAUACAGAUGAGAUGAGUAAAACACUUAAAAACAAGGUAUGCAUAAAUCAGGAUCUGGUGAGGUGCGUGUCGCGCUGUGCCAGAGGCUCUUUGUUUCCUCUAGCAGCGGCAGUGGGGGGCAUCGCUAGUCAGGAGGUUUUAAAGGCUCUCACUGGGAAGUUUUCCCCUCUUCAACAAUGGUUUUAUCUGGAUGCGUUAGAGGUUGUACAGCCCCUCCAGUCUCUUCCUGCUGAGGAAUUUUCCCCAAGGGGUGACCGGUAUGAUGCAUUGCGGGCAUGUAUUGGCCAGUCGCUGUGUUUGAAACUGCACAAGUUUCAAGUCUUUAUGGUGGGCUGUGGUGCUAUUGGCUGUGAGAUGCUGAAGAAUUUGGCACUCCUGGGUGUGGGAUUGAGCAGAUUUUCAGGAGAGAUUUGCAUUACGGAUCCAGAUUUGAUUGAAAAAUCCAACCUCAACCGGCAGUUUCUCUUCAGACCACACCAUAUACAGAAACCCAAAAGCACUACAGCAGCAGAAGCUUCAUUAGAAAUAAACCCAGAGCUGCAAAUACACGCUCAUCUUCAUAAAGUGUGUCCUGCUACAGAGGACAUUUAUAGUGAUGACUUCUUCUCCCGUCUCAAUGUGGUGGUCACCGCACUGGACAAUGUGGAGGCACGGAGAUACGUGGACAGUCGGAGUGUAUCCAAUCAGAAAGCUCUGUUAGACUCGGGCACAAUGGGUACGAAAGGGCAUACUGAGAUCAUCGUCCCAAACCUCACCGAGUCCUACAACAGCCAUAGAGACCCACCAGAGGAGGAGAUUCCAUUUUGCACUCUAAAGUCUUUUCCUGCUGUUACUGAACACACCAUACAGUGGGCCAGAGACAAGUUUGAGAGUGCUUUCGCCCACAAGCCCUCAAUGUACAACAUGUUCUGGCAGAGUCACUCAUCAGCUCAGGCUGUUCUACAGAGGAUGAUGGGUGGAGAGAGCAUGGAAGGAUCAUUUCAGGUCAUUAAGUUGUUGAGUCGGAGACCUACUCAAUGGGAUCACUGUCUAACUCUUGCUCGACUCAAAUUCGACAAAUACUUCAAAAGAAAGGCAUUACAACUACUGCACUCAUUUCCACUGGACACACGACUAAAAGAUGGCAGUCUGUUCUGGCAGUCUCCGAAACGGCCACCUUCUCCUAUAGACUUUGACCUCAGUGACCCUCUGCAUUUUGGUUUUGUUGUCAGCGCAGCUCGCCUUUUUGCUGGAAUUUAUAAUAUUCCAUACUCAGAAGAGCAACUUUCCUAUGAGGAUGUCUCCAGAGUUUUAGCUGAAGUGGAUGUUCCUGAAUACAAACCAGCUGAAAAGCAUAUAGAGACUGAUGAGACUGUUAAAAAGCCAGAUCAGUUGAAAAUUACAGUCAGCAGUGAGGAGGAAAGAGAAGCGAUUUCACAGCUACAAGAGACCAUCAACUCCAACUUUGUAACACCUGAGAGACUACGUAUGACUCCGCUGUUCUUUGAAAAGGACGACGACACAAACGGACACAUGGAUUUUGUAGCAUCAGCGUCAGCUCUGCGAGCUCGUAUGUACGCCAUCGAAGCCGCUGACCGACUACAAACCAAACGAAUAGCUGGCAAAAUCAUCCCAGCCAUCGCUACAUCUACAGCUGCUGUCGCUGGACUGGUGUCAAUGGAGUUGAUCAAAAUUGCUGGAGGUUAUGGAUUCGAGUUGUUUAAAAACUGUUUCUUCAAUCUGGCCAUUCCAGUCGUGGUUCUCACAGAAACAGCUCAGGUCAAGAGAACACAGAUCAGAGAUGAUAUUUCAUUUUCUAUCUGGGAUCGUUGGACCAUCUUCGGUCAUGAGGACUUCACUUUAUCUGAUUUUAUGAGCGCAGUAAGGGAGAAAUAUGGGAUUGAGCCCAUUAUGGUUGUCCAUGGAGUGAAGAUGCUGUAUGUGCCAGUUAUGCCAGGCCACAACAAAAGGCUCAAACUAACAAUGCAUAAACUGAUCAAACCUUCAUCAGGAAGGAAAUAUGUUGACCUGACCGUAUCGUUUGCCCCUGAGGUGGAUGGUGAUGAAGAUCUGCCCGGUCCUCCAGUGCGAUAUUACUUCAGUCGAGAAAACGAAAGCGGCGAGACAGCCUGACACACACACACAAACACAAAACUCAACAAACACACAAACACUCUUCUCUCUUGCCCUGUGGACCACAAGUGAAGUAGCACUUGAUCAGACUCAGUGUACAUAGUAAAUUUUUGUUUUCUACUGGUUUAUUAUUUUAUUGCACAGCAUUGCCUGUGCAGAUGCCUUAAGAUAAUUCUAUUGUACUUCAAUGUGGCAACAAUGACUAAUAUUAACGCUCUUAAGAGUAAAACAAAAAGAAAGUGUUUACACGACUUUCCCCAGGGCUUAAAGGAACACUCCAUUUUUUUUGGAAACAGGCUCAUUUUAUAAGUCACCCAGAGGUAAACAGUUUUAUAAUUUUUAAUCUAUUCAGCUUAUCUGACAGGAGCCAUUUUAGCUUAGCUUAGCAUAAAUCAUUUAAUCAGAUUAGACCAUUAGCAUCUCACUUCAAAAUGACCGAAGACUUUUGAUAAUUUUGCUAUUUAAAGCUUGACACUUUUGUUACAUCGUGUACUAAGAUUGACGGAAAAUAAAAAGUUGAGAUUUUCUAGGCUGAUAUGGCCAGGAACUAUACUCUCAUUCAUCCAUAACAAUCAAGGAACUUUGAUGCCAUACCAUGGCUCCAACAGGCACAAUGAUAUUACACAACACCUAAAAUUAGAUACUAGGUAACUAUGUAACAGCGCUGCAUAAUAUUGUUGUGCCUGCUUCAGCCAUGGUACGGCAGCAAAGAUCCUUGAAUGUUACUCAUGAAUGAGAGUAUUUGUCCAUGCCUAGAACAUACCAACUUUUCAUUUUUUGCCAGUCUUAUUACACAAUGAAUCUAGAUCAGGGGUGUCCAAACUCGGUCCUGGAGGGCCGAUGUCCUGCUGAGUUUAGCUCCAACUUGCUUCAAGACACUGGCCAGGAAGUUUUUAGUAUAUACAAUAAAAGCUUGAUUAGCUGGUUCAGGUGUGUUUGAUUAGGGUUGGAGCUAAACUCUCCAGGACACCAGCCCUCUAGGACCGAAUUUGGACAUUCCUGAACUAGAGAGUCAAGCUUUAAAUAUCAAAAAAACUCUUUUUUGAUAUUUUUUUGAGUGAUGUGCUAAUGGUCUAAUCUGAUUCAAUGAUUUAUGCUAAGCUAAGCUAAAAGUGCACCUGCCAAAGAGAUGUAGAUUGGCAGAAUUUAUUAAAAAAUUGUCUAAAAUGUCUAGGUGACUUCUAAAAUGAGUCUAUGUCUACAAGAAAAAAACGUGGAGUGUUCUUUAAUAUUGUUAGUCUAAAAGUCAAUAGAGGGCUUGUAAGAGACGAGGAUUUAUCAUGAAUAAGCGGUUAUUUAUUUGCACAUAUUUUGGGAGGAUUUUGAGGUUUGAGAGGUUGUCAGUCACUGUAAGCAACAUAAACACCAAAGAUUUUGCUUCUGGUUUCAAAUAUUCAUCACCGGCUUUCAGCAGCUCUUCACGAAUGGUUUCCCCUGAAUGAGGCUGUCAGGUCUUUUGUGAUCUUAGCUGUCAGUGAAGACAGACGAGGUAAAGAAUAUCACCUCUCUUGUUACGCCUACAAUGAUGGUCAUAAUUCAUUAUUACCACUAGAGGGUGCUAUAAGUAACAGUAUCGCUUUCUCAUCUGCUACUAUCCACUGUUUUAACGGGUUAAGUACAUGAACGUCAAGGAGGAGAAUCUGAAUGAUAAAUUCUACAUAACUCAUCUCCCAUAUGUCAGUGUAUAUUCAUAUCACAAUUCCAAUCUGCAUGUGGACACAAUUAACAGGUUUUUCACAAGUUUCACGUUGCAUUUGUAGUCUUGUUAAAUGUCAUUGAGUCGUCCUAAAGUGUCCUUUAGGCAGUUGGCUGUUGCUUAGCACACUCGUUAUUGGCAGCACUAAUUAGAAAUCACAGCUAACCGGAUAAUGUGGUUUGAGCUUACAGUGGAGAUGUUUGAAAGCAUAAUGAAGAGGAAAAAUAGAGAAAGGUUUCUGAUUUGAUCCCUUUAAAAUGACCUUCAGUUGCACAGACUUCCCUCUAAUGAUGUCCUACUGUUUAUAUGAUAUCUGAUGAUACCUACAGGAGAUAAAUCAGUGAUUGGAACACGCAUAAUGUCAUUGUGACUAAAGUAAACUACAAGAGUCCCAAUAAAUCAAAAAUUCAAAUCAAA